GGUGGGAGGGGGGCGGGCGAGGAGGCUCCGCCAGGGACUCAGCCCCAAACCCAGGGGAGUAAACAUGGAAUAACGAGGGUAAACGGGAGGAGGACGAGGGAAAGGAAUAAGGAAAAAGCAGGACCAGGUUUCCCACCGCCACCACCACCCCUCGUCUGUUUGCCGGGGAGGGGGAGGGGGUGUGUGCAAGGGCGCCACAUCCUGAAGCAGCCGCACCCCAAAUUUCGUUCCUGCACCGCCCCCCCCCAUCCUCCCUCCACUUCCAAUUCCAACAAAAACUGACAUCCAAAGGGGCCAGGAGAGCGGCCUUGAGAAGCUCAGGGGGGGACUGCGGAGAGACGCCAGGGGAUUGGGAGGGACCGAGGCGCCCGCGCCUUGGGGCAACGUGAGGGAAGGCGGUCGUCGCUGCGCCCCCGCCCGGCCCAGCCAGCGGUGCCUCCCCCGCCAGGCGACAGCAGCCCGAGGGGGGAGGCAGAAGCGCCUCCUCCCUGCCGAGAGCCGAGGCGACGACCGAGGGGGAGGAAGACUCCUCACCUUGCCCCCGAUGAGGGGCGGAUCAUGCCAUGGCAGCGCCGGCGAGCGACAGCGGCGGCGGCGGCGGCGAGCGGAGCCCAACCAGCAGCCCCGGGAGCUCGACAGGAGCCGGGGUCGCCGCGGCGGGAGCCCGGGACGGCGGGGACGCGGCCGCUCGGAGCGCCGCCGUGACCGUCCCCGGCCUGCCUCCGCUCGAGGACUACGAGUGCAAAAUCUGCUACAACUACUUCGACGCGGACCGGCGCGCGCCCAAGCUGCUGGCGUGCCUGCACACCUUCUGCCAGGAGUGCCUGAGCCAGCUGCAGCUCCGCGCCGCCGCCGCCGCCGCCGCCGCCUCUGCGAGCGCCGCGCCUGAGCGCCCGCUGCGCCCGCCGCCCUGGCACGGCCCGCCCGGCGCCAUCGCGUGCCCCGUGUGCCGCCACCGCACGCCGCUGCCCGACAGCCGCGUGCACGGCCUGCCCAACAACACCAAGCUCGCCGAGGCCUUCCCUCUGGCCCUGCGCGCCGCGCACGACCCGCUGCCCCAGGACCGCCUCCCGCAGCUGCCCGCGCGCCGCGCCGCGCCCGCCGCCGCCGCCCUGCCGCCCGCCCCGGCCGCGGCCCCGCCGCCGCCGCCCGCGGAGGACGCCGCUCGCGAGCCCCGCGCCCGCGCCGGCCUGCGCGCCCCGGGCGCCUACGAGAGCUGCCAGAACUGCAAGCGCGCCGCGCUCACCGCCGGCUGCGUGUGCGUCGUCUUCUCCUUCCUCUCCAUGGUGGUGCUGCUCUUCACCGGCCUCAUCUUCGUCAACCACUACGGCGGCGGCGGCGGCGGCGGCGGCGGCGGUGGCGGGGGGGCACCUCCCGGCGGCGGGGCGCCCCCUGGCGCUGCCCCCGCUGCCGGGUCGCCCUCGCCCGUGGGGCCCAUCUGUCUGUCGGUGGCCAGCAUCCUGGCGCUCUUCUCGGUCGUCGUCACUUGGGUCAUCUGUUGGCUCAAGUACCGGCCCGAGGGCGCGGCCGCUGGCUCGGCGGGGGGCGGCGGGGGCGGCCCGAGGGCGCGGGCGGCGGCUGGCGGCGGCGCGCGGAGGAGCGACACGUAAAGGGGCCUCAAGCCGGGCCUCCGCCAGCACCUCCAGCCCCCGCGCGGCCGGAGAUGGGGGGGGGGGCUCCGGCUCCGCGCGCUCGAGCUGCGCCCCCUCCGUGCGGCACCGGGACGCCCGGCCACCACCGGGCCUCCCACGCCCCGCCUCCUCCGCGCGGGGUCGGCGACGGACCCCGAGGAGGCGGGGAUGCUGCUGGGGAGUCCCGUCUCUGUGGACUGUGCAAGAUCGCCCUCCGCUUCACGCACCACCCAGGUCCUCGCCAGAGUGCACGGCCGUCCCUCCCCCGAGUCCGAGGAUUUGCAAAGAGAAGGAGAAGAGGAGUGGGCCCCCCGCCGCCCCGCCCGAGAGCUGAUUUUCUGGCUGUCGCGACUGGAGAGUUUCAGGGGAGAGGUGCGCGCGCGCACGUCUGCCGCAGUUGUGAAAGGACUUGAAUUGUCCAGAGCAAGGAUGAAUGAGAUGUCCACGUGAAAGAAGGGUGUCCCCGCUUCCUGGCUGUCCUGGAAGGCGAGUGAGCCCGGGGCGCUGAGAGUGAAGUCCACUCCCCGGGGACACCAAGCGGGAGAGCGGGGCGGCGGCACACGAGGCCAGCCGCGCGCAGCUGGGCGCCCCCCGCCCUCCCCGGCAGGUGCGCAGCGCGCCUGCGCGCUGGGGCUGCCGCCACUCAGCCGACGGGAGAGGUGGCGGCGCGCGCAGGGCUGCCGGUGCCGCGGCUCCCAGCUCGGCGGAGUCCAGAAGUCCCAUCCUGAAAACUUAGGAUUGUUUUAUUCACAGUGUUACUAUACCAGGAAGUCAUUUCAUCUUCUGUAACUGGACUCAGGGAGCUUAAAGAGCCCGUUCUCUCUUCUCCUCUCAAAACUGACUUACUGUUGCCCCCACCUGGAAGAUACUGAGAGCUAUUCGCGCAGAAUAUAAGCUGUAGGCUUCCUCUGCCUUUUUUCUUCAUUUCGUUUUUAAAAUAAUUUAUUCUAGAAUGUAUACAUCUGGAAAUUUUGUGCAUUUAAAUUUCCAGGGAAGUGUUUGAUAAGCAGUAAUAUUUCUCCCGUACCUCCAGUCCAAAUACAUUUCAAGAUUAGGAGCAGAAAAUAAAGGCGUGUUAGUGAUUGGUUCAAGAUUUUAUACCGUGAACAACUACUGACUUUCAAUUAUCUGAUAAAAUAGAAAAUAGCUCCCAAAGACGAAACUGACAAGUCUUUCUUCCUCUGAUUACAAAUAUAUGUCACACUUACCGGGAAAAUAUUAUUUUGAAUUUAACUGUUUGAUAUUGGAAAUCACUGAAAGGUUCACAUCGGUCAUAUUAGAUGAAAAAGAAUACAUAUCUACCUGAUUUUGUAACUAAAAAGAUGUAUUACGAGUGUAUGUUGCAGGUGGAUUAGAUGCCUUUUUAAAGAAAAAAAACCCACUGUUUCAAAUGUAUUUUAUAUGAAAACAUUCUUUAUUCCAUCUCUUCAAAUUUGGAAUAAGACAAAGUUUUCAUGUCUGAAAAUCACAGAAGCUGUUGAGGGUAUGCUAUUAUUCCUCAUGUAUUUAAUGCAAGCUGUCUGCAUGAUAUCCUGACAUUAUUCUAUUAACUGAACUUGAAUGGAGCAUUUGUAUCUAUCAUAGAGUGAAGUAAUUUAUUGGUCACUGAUAAGUGAUAUGGCUGCAAUUUAGGAAUUGCAAUAUGGUGUGUUUUAUGUCUGCGUUGUCUUAAUAAAAACAAGAAGCAUUUAUAGAAAAAAA